CUCACUUUCUAUCCGUCGAAGCUCUCGCUGUGCGAUACGUUUUCUCUCUUGUUGCUCGUAUCUUCCUGUAGGUCUUUUGCAAAAACUCCGGCAAGAGCAAUAGGCAGGUAAACACUUUGCGUGUCCCUCGACCUGCCAUUUAAUCAAUACAUAUGGCUUGGCAUGCUAGCUCCCCUCCCAUCGGCUGUCCUCCAAAGAUUCACCAUUAUCGUGUUCGAGAUCAUCUUGUACUCUGUCCAGAGCCUUUGUGUGACAAUCUGCAUCGCUACCUGCUUGACACCUUUCCUGCGACUCUGCAUCAUCUUACAAGAUCGUGGCUGGUGCUCGUCGCUUUUGGCGGCUAAACACUGCAAGGCCUCAGCCUUAGCACUGCCAUCCACCUGUGCCUGCCAUUUUACGAGCCUCAACAUCACUACCUCUCCAACACCCACAUUUGGACACACUCGUUCGGUCAAUCAUCUACACACUCGCUGUCUUUUGGAGUCAAACAUCCUAUCCAAAUCAUCUCCACGAAACACAAAUAUACGUCGUUGGCUUCUUCGUGCCGUACACCAUCCGUUGCCCAGCCGCCGACGUUCAAGACGAUCGACUGUUCGCACGCCGCUCCCUCCAUAAACAAAACUUGCAUUUCUGGCUACAUCCGACUGUACAUGGUGGGCAUCCGCGCGUGAAUGCAAUGCGCUACACUACCUUGAGCGCGAACCGGGCCGAUAGUGUUCGAUGGUACUGGCGAACCUUAGCUAUAUGUGCUGCGUGCCUCAUUCUUGGGGGGUACGUUAUAAUGGACACAGUCUAGGAAUAUCGACUGACUUUACAGCUUUCUUGUGGUUCCCUCUGCAUUUG